AAAUUUAAUUUUUCAGCAAGCAUUCAAAUUCAAAAUUGUUUUUAGAGUACAAGUUAGGUGAUAAAUUCUCUUCCAUCCAAUAGGCUUUAAAAUAUAAAAAAUCAUAAAUUUAUCACAGCUUUUUCAAUCAUUAAUGAGAGUUUUUGUAUUUGGGAAUAAACACUUCGUGAUUUUGCCUUUUUUAACCUUAUUUUCAUUCAAUUUAUUUGUAGAAAAAUAAUUUUUAAUGACGAAUUAUAAUUACACGGGGGUUGGCCGUUAAGGCAAAUUACAAUGAUUUUAAAUUACGUAAUAACUUUAAAUGGCAAUUGAAAAGAAUAGCGCUUAAUUUUGAAGUGAAUGAAAAAUAAUGUACUGAACCGUGCCGAAUGCAUCAACUCGGAGAUAACGUGAGAUAUUAAAAAAAAAAAUUAGAAGUAGCUACCAGAUAAUCUUUGGAGUCAAAGCUCGACUUUACCCAAGAUUUCACUCACAAUCAGAAGGAGCACUCAGCCAGGCAGGGAUUUUGAAUGUAUCUUGCCGCGACCUUGGACCAUGUAAUCCCUCAAAAUGGCUGUUUCUAUUACAUUAGACAAGUGCGUUGAAAAAGGGGCCAAACAAGGUUAUCCCGAAGGACUGGCUGGACUGGGAUAUUUUGAGUCAACAGGGAUCGAAAAAAAUGCUGAAAACGUUUUCGUUCUGGUCGUGCAUUACGACUUCAAAGAUGGUGCACAUUCGUGGCCUCGGUUCGGUGACGAAAAGGACGUUGAAAAUCUGAGAAACACGUUUGCAAAAAACAGAAACUGCGCAUUCCGCGAGUGUUCGCCGAAAAAGGAGGUUCUUAUUACUCUGCUUCAAGACGAAAAAAAACUGCAGAGAUUCUUCGGAGCCCCUGAAGUUUUAGAACCAGAUGUUUUCUUUUUGAUUAUUUUAUCACACGGAUCAGCAAACGGAGUGAUUUUCACGGACUUCCUUCGCAGCCCAGAUCCAAACGAUUACGAAACUUUCACGACGAAAGACCUGUUAAAGUCAAUCAAUGAUAAUUUUCCAAAAUGCUUAAAAAUCGUUUUCCUUGAGACGUGCAGAGGAGAACUGGAGGACAGUGUCUUUCAUCGAUAUCAAGCCAUAGAAGGUCACAGAAAUGAUCUGACGAGAAACCAAAACUCGAGCAGAGUUUCCUUCGAGCCGAAGAUGCUCAACUUAAUCAUCUUCUGUUCAACCGUUGAGACAACAAGGUCAAAAGGCACAUGGGUCGUCACAGCUUUGUGCGAGGUAUUGAACGAGAUGAGACAAAAAUUGGAUGUUGCAAAUUUUUUGACCGGCGUCCAGAACAAAAUUCACAAAAAAACAUUUGGUUCAUUUUAUUUGUCUCGUCAGACGCCCGUAUUCAAAAUGUUUCCGUGCGAUAGGAAAUUUUUUUUUCAUCCUCUUGGCUCGAAAGUUGCUGGCACUUCAAAUAGAUCGAUGGACGGCAAAAGCAAAAUAGGAAGCUCAGAGGAGGAAAAGCCGCUUUCGAUUCACUUUGAUUGGUUCAAUCCACAAACAAAAAAGGUUUUCAGAGGCAGAAGAGCAGUGAUUUUCCACUACGGGGAAAAAAGUGUUCAUAUUGAAAAACUGGACACUGCUCUGGUUACAAAUCUUGGUUUUGAAACAAUCGACGCAAAUAUUAACAAAGAUGGACUUCAUUUUUACCUCUCUCAAUCUGAUAAGUCUUGGAGUGAUUGCGGCUGUUUCGCUGCCUUCUUUUUUGCCGAGAUUGCAGAGGAAGAAGAUGGGGAAGUUUGCAUUUGGCUGAAUGAAAACAAGAGAGUAAUUCCAAUCGGCAAAUUGAUCCACGGAUUGCUUGGGCCGAAAAACGGAGACUGGAUAGGGAAAUCCAAACUAUUUUUCUUUGUUGAUACAAAAUCCGUCGCUACAACCCAUGCAGUAGUGGAAAAAAAAAAUACGAUGAUUAUUUUCUCCGCGCGACCAAUCACUCAGGAUGGCUCGUUUUUACUCUUCGGAAUGCGACUUUACUGAAAAACUUCCUAGAGAUCUUUGAGAGUCAGGAAUUGAAGAAAUCGAAAAGCCUUCAAGAAAACCUAGCCGAUUUAUUAAAUGAAAGGAUGAAUGAUGCGUCUGAGGCGAUGAUGAUUUCGACUUUGCCACACAGCUUGAUUUUUCAAGAUUUGGAGAGAAAUUUCGUCCCACUGAAAUUCUGUAUAAAAGAAAAGGGUUUUGAGUCACGGAAAGAAUUGGAUUGGGACGAAUUGUUGAAUUCCAAACUACUGGAAGCAGAAAAUCGGAUUUGGCUUCUGUCUUCGUUUUCAGGCUCGGGGAAGUCAACGGUGAUGCGCGAGUUGUCUUUUCAACUGCAAAGAAUGUUGGCAUGUAAAAUCAAAGUCUUUCUGGUUGGCCUCUCAGACACCGUCGGGCUUUUUACCAAAGUAAAAACGGAAAGACGAAUAGUUCCGUCACUUGCUUCCGUUGUUUCGAUUGCGACUAGAAUCAGGGAAAUGGAAAUUCAAAAUCUUAUCGAGCAGAAGAAGAUCAUGUUGAUGCUUGACGGAUUUGACGAAAUGUGCCCCUUUUACCGUGAUCAAGUGCUCGACGUUUUGGCUGAGGCGGUGGAAAAAAAAGUUCCAAUUUUGAUUUCAACGCAACCGCACGAGGAAGUCGCGAUUCUUUCAAAGCUCGGAAAGGGAAACCAAGUUUUCAAGUUAAAAAUUUUACCUUUAGAUUGGAGGAAGCAAAUUGAUUUUUUGAUGAUGACUUCGCACAAAUCAGAAGAGGAAUGCAAACUUCAGAUCUAUUUCUACCGAAGGAACGGCUUAGAAGAUAUUCUGGGAAACCCUCUUCACUUAAAAAUGAUUGCUGAACUCGGCGAUUUAGAUUACAAAAAAGGGAUCGACUUGUACGAAAUCUACGAAAAAAUUUUAGAGAAAAAAUUACGUUUCGCGCUGAAAGAAUUGCAAAGCAUCAUAUUAGAGAAGGAAUUAAAUAUUUGUGAAAGGGAACUGAGAAUUGCUGCUGUUAAAUUUUUAUGCGGUGACAAAACUGAUAUUUUAAAAUAUCCCAACAAUGGAAUUGUAACAAUCAGCAACGGACGCGCCCAGUUUGUUCACCAAACGUUCGCCGAAUUCCUCGUGGCAGCGCAUUUCAUCGAUUGCUUGUUGUUCGACGGAUUCGAAAACCCUCAAAGGCCAUUUGAAAUUUUGAACGAAGAAUUCCGUCAAGUGCGAAAGUUUGUUGACUUGAGAAUUUCCAUGAGUGUCGGUGACGAAAAAUUAAAUUUCUUAACUUCGCUAGAAAAAUACUUGAAAAAUAGUCUCACUAAAUCAAGCAUCGAAAAUGUUAUUCUUGAAGAACGUCUCGUUAAUUUCUCCAGCGCUGCAGCAAACCUCGUUACUUUCAAUGCCGAAGAAUCAAAACUAAACUACGUUACGAGCGACCAAAUUUUGGUUUUGGCCAGCAAACGUGUAGAAAAUUGUGCACUUGGUCUUUUGAAGAAAGGCGCGUAUGAAAAGUUGGAAGAUCCAAACAGAGCAGCCGUAGAAAUACUGAGAGAUGCAAUUGAAAAUAAUUUUGCUCAACUUUUUACUGAAAUGGGGAAAAAAUUCGCCGGUUCGAUGGAUUUGGUGCGGAAUAAUAUGAAAAUUAAAAAGACCUACACACUUGCAGCCUACAGAAAUCAUCACAAAGUAUUGUUUCUGGUGCUUGAACAAAAAAUUUUGGAUCAAGGCGAAUUACAAGUGGCUCUGAAAUCUGCUGUACGAGGAAACAGCGCCGAGUGCGUUGAGGUUCUGAUUGAACACGGCGCUCGAACUGCCAGCCUUGACGAGAGUAACUUUGACCAUUUAAAUUCAAAGACGACGGAAGCACUGCUCAAGACAAAGGACGAGCCGGAAUUGAAAUUGGCGUCGAGAAUUUUCAAUCGUUCGCUUGACGAUGAAUAUUGUAAUGCUGAAGUGGCAAAAUAUUUGCUCGAAAGAUUCGGAGAUGAGGAAAAUGAAGAAUUUGAAGUGAGCAGCAGUGCCUUGUUUGAUGUUGCGACAUGCGAAGAUUUUGACGACGCAUUGGAAAUUUUGUGUCGCUGGCUGGUGGAAAAGCGUGGUUUCCAAGUACGUGAAAAGGAUUGGACAGGGCGGAACGCUUUUCACUGUGCAGCCAAAAAAGGAAAUCUCAGGUUGUUAAAAUACUUUCUCGAAAAGGACCCCAAGCUUACCAAGACCUUAACGGAUAAAGAGGAAAACGCUAUGCAUUUAUCAGUGAGUGGUUCUGCUGCUCUAGAAAGGAAAAUUGAAAUGUGCAAUUUUUUACAUUAUUAUGAUGCUGAUUUAGUCAUGCAAAAAACUAAGGAAAACGAAUCAUUUCUCCUUUUAGCCGUAAAAAGAGGAAAUAUUGACGUCUCUGAAUGGCUGGCGGAAGAAUUAAUCUUGGAGUUAGACGCCGUGGAUGACAACAGAUCAGAGGCGGUCGGUGGUCAUGAAGAAGUUUUAUGUGUUCAGCCCAAAAUCAAAAAGGGGCGUGGCAUUUUGAGAAAUUUCGGGUAUAUUUUAUUUCAAUUUUUUUGUCGCCUUUUUUCUUUGUCUUAAUUAAUUCACAUAUGCAAAUUUGUCUUAAAUUUUCAGGGCAUUUUGCUAUCAUAAAUUUACAAUUUAUUGUGAUGAACAAAAUUUUAAAUUACUUAUUCUUUGAAAAAAACACAAGUUCAAAAAAUUUUUAUUUGAUUUUUUUUUUUAAAUUUGAUUCUAAUAUAAAGUUUUAUUUAAAUAAAACUUAAAACACGGCUGAUGAUGAUGAUGGGAUUUUGGAGUAAUUAAUUGUUUUGUAGAAAAAAAUAUCCCAAUUAAUUCUAAAUGUUUUGACUUUAGUUUUUUUCUUUAAAAUUGUUUUUUUGUCCAAAUAAUUCUCAGCCAAUGACUUAUGGCUGCAGCCGGCAGAUAAAAAAUGUUUUUAUUUCAUUUUUUCUGAAACGACUAAAAAAAAUCAUCCAGCAAAUUGAGGAUGGCCGCCGCUUGCGGCAGGCAGCGGCUUCCAAUUUCCAACUUCAAAGGCGCUGCCGGUGGUAAGCGCUCUGGAAAAAAUGUUCAACUUUUUGAAAAAUUUGUUUUAAUAAAACCUUAUUAAAUUUAUCUCUUAGCAAUGAUAUAAAUUAAAACUCAAAAUUUUCCUCGGCGUUGUGAAAAAUUAAGGUUUGCGAAGUUCUAUUUUUCUCAUAAAAUUUAAAAUAAAAAAGUUUAAACUUUAAUAUGAUUUUUUUUUAGAGAAAGGCACGGACUUUCUUUCCGCAAUUGUAAUUUUUGUAGUAAAAUAAUUUUUUCACAUUUUAAAGAAUGCUCAAAAAUAAAAUUUCAUUUUUUAAGUCAGAAAUAAAUUUUUAAGAUUUUUUCCAAAAUAGCCAUUCAGCGUGUCAAAAAAUAUUAUUUUUGAGCAUUCUUUAAAAUGUGAAAAAAUUAUUUUACCACAAAAAUUACAAUUGCGGAAAGAAAGUCUGUGCCUUUCUCUAAAAAAUCAUAUUAAAGUUUAUACUUUUCUAUUUUAAAUUUUAUGAGAAAAAUGGAAUUUUGCAAACCCUUAAUUGUUUCACAACGUCGAGGAAAAUUUUGAGUUUUAAUUUGUAUCAUUGCAUUGAGGGAUAAAUUUAAUUAGGUUUCGUAAAAUUAAAAACAAAUUUUUCAAAGACGAACAGUAUUUCCAGAGCGCUUAUCACCGGCGACACCGCUGAAGUUGGAAAAUUGCAAGCGGCGGCCGUCCUCAAUUUGAUCAUCAUUCGAUCCGCGGCAGCAGAGGUAUUUCUCAAAUUGAACACGAUUUCGCUCCUCGCCGACUGGGCUCAAAUUUAGUAUCGCCAAGGAGCCUCUAAUUGAUAAAACUUUUUCUUGGUGUAUUCAAUCUAUAAAUAAUCAAAAUAUAUUUUAACACUAAACAGCAUGAAAAUGCAAAGUUCAAACGAUGAAAUUUUAUUUAUUUUGCUUAAUUAAUGCAAUUUUUUGUUUUUAAAAAUGGAAAUAUUUGAAAUAUACUAGAGAUAAUUUGGUAAUUUUUCACAGCUGACGAGCUCCCUUUCAAAAAUUUUAAAACUCAAUAGCCGCCCCAUUGUACGGUCUUGUUUAUAUCCCGCGAUCGCGAUAUGCAAGAAAAGAGACGCUGAUUUUCAGUCUCUUUUUCAACAAUUAUUAAAGAAUUGAACGGUUAAAUUCACGAAAAAUGAAUAAAGGCAUCAUCAAAUGUCCUAAUCCUACCUCAAAUUAUCAUCAGCCGACUUCAACCAGUCCCAAAAGUCCGAAAACGCGACGGAAAUCACUGAUAUCAGCUCGCGCACGCCGCCGAAACAAAAUAAACAUUGAAAUAUGUGGUGAUUUCCAACACAUUUUGGCCAGCAAACAGAUGGAACGCUAUGCACUUCGCUGCUUCUUUUUCAUGGAAAGUUGAGCUCGAGCUUUUGGAAUAUUUGCACAAGAAAAAUCCGCGAUUGAUCAAGGAGAGGACCAAAAGAAAUGAAACUCCACUGCAUCUUGUGGCCAAGA